GUCGAAUAACAAAACAUUUAAGGGUAGAGCGAAAUUCAGCAGAGAGAUCAAAAUGUCAAGCCGUUUGAUGAGACAGUUCUACGAACUUGCACAGGCUGAGGAAGCAGCCAGAGGGACCAAUUAUGGUACUUCAGGCUCAUACAACAACCAUGGAACUUCAAACUCAUUCAACAACCGUGGCAAUGGCAACCAAAAUUUCUCCGGUGCAAGAAUCAACAGUGGCGCAAAUUCAGGUGACCGUAAGAGCUAUCGUCACUCCAACCACUACGGUGAACGCACUAUAAAUAACAGUGGUAAUUUCCAUGGCAACGGCAACGCCGGCUUUGUCGAGGGUGGCUUUGACGCCUCAACAAACAACUACUAUUAAUUAAUUAUCUGUGCUUGAAAUAUGGUGUGCAAUAUGAUCUACUAUGCUGUGUUGUCCUAACAAUAAUGGAAGUUGAGCGAUAGCUCUUCUUGUCUAUAAUAAAUGUAAUGGUUUUCGAGUGUUACCUAGACCCUGAAAUUGAGGUUCAGAAGAAACCUCUGUUGUUAACAUAAUAAAACAACUUUUACUUUCUCUUUUCUUUCUGAUAACUUUUCCAUUCUAUUUUUCUGUAGGGGGUUCGCUUGAUAGCUAUACUAGGCUUAGUUGAAUAGGCUAAUAUAUUAAUAGAAUAUACAUGUUGACUGUUUAUACCUCAUUCAUAUACGAGUUUAU